UCGAAGUUGCAGGAUCUUAAUUCAGAGAGGUGCAGAAUUCAGUUCUGGAACUGUGCAGCUUGGGGUUUUGAAAUUGGGGGAAUUAGGGUUUUCUUUUCCUAUGGUAUUCAUCCGAUGUUGAAAGCGGAGGAGAGUUCAAACUGGUUGGAGGAUCUCCUCUUUCAGGAUGAUGGUGAAAUUAAAGCCAUCUUUGGAGAAACUCUAGAUCCGUUACAUGCCACUUCGAAGAAUGUUGCAGAAAAUUUACCAUGUAGGAGUGCUUUUCAACAGGAGCCAACUCUUCUUGCCGGCAAUCAUGAAAAUUCUUACCAGCCGCAAAAUGGUAAACAAGAAUAUGGGUUGGCACCUCCAAAAGGAGCUGAGGUACCAGGAUCUUCCAUGUCCAAUCUUCAAGACCACAUACAACAUUUAGAUUCUAGGAUGGGAAUCAGCUUGCAGUGUUUGUCUGGGACUUCAGGAAGUUUUGCAAUGAUGUCUGAUAGUGUGAAGCUGGAAGCUCCACUUCAGAUUGGAAAUCCUGUAAAUAGUUGUUUCCCAAGUCUAUCAGACUGGUUAGCUGUGCCACUAUCAGAGUGUGAUACUUGCUGUAGGGAGAGGGCUGGAAGUUCUGCAAAUGCUCCUUUGCAUAGCUGCAUUGAUGGUAAGGAACUGCCAGACCAGAUAAAGAAUUCUGGCACCCAAUUUAAUUCUUCUGCGGGAGCUGGUAACGUCAUUUUAGAUUGUGGUGACCAUGUGAACCAUAUCCAAUUGAAGAGUGAAUUUGAAGAUAAGCUUAGUCCUGUGAGAGAUCUUCAAUCAAAUUGUAUGUCAAACUCUUUGGUGCAGACGUGCAUUUUGUUUUUCUUUUGAAAGUACAGACAUGCAUUUUGUUUUA